GUGGCUCCAGUGACAACUCAGCGGGAUCUUGCAUCUUGCAUCUGGCAUCAUGUGUGGCUGCCUCCCUCCCCUUGUCGUUCUGUUUCUUUCUCUCUUCAGCAUCUUCAACAAGUGACUUCCUCUUCUGCCUCACUGUCUCUGGUGGACUUUGUGCUGCGGCCUCUUUAGUGACAACUUGUGUAGGUUCCCUUCCAUCUGCUCUUGGACGCAACCCCCUUUUUUUUCCCUCUCCUCCCCCGCGUUUGGGCACAAAGAAAUUCUUUUGGUUGCAACCUCGAGGCCACCGCCCUUUGUUCCAGUCACAUGCCCGCACUUUCUGCUUCCUGUCCAGCCUGAAUGAGGGUUUUGCUGAUCGCACUUUCAAGGGACACCACAUCUUGCAGCUUUAUCUACCGAGUCAAGAUCUCUGUUGACCUACCCUGCAAAUUAGCCGCCUCUACGAGAGACUGCCCCGCCCUGCUCCUCUCCUUGACCACACGUUUGCCCGAAUCCGCCUGCCCCUUACACUUUUCACCAUGGCUCCACGAGGACGAGGAGGAAAAUUCUCAAAGCCGACCAGAGGAGGUGGCAAGCAUUUCUCCCGUGACCUGCAACCUUUAGACAAAGAGGGUAAUCAGAUGGGCAUGUGGCGAGAGCCAGGAGAACAAGAGGAGGAGGAGGAGGAGGACUCCUCAGAAGAGGAAGAAUCCUCCUCAGAAGAGUCCUCGGACUCUGGCGAGGGAGCUUCCGCCGCGCAGGCCUCGUCAAAUGAGCUGACUCGAGAACAACGCAAAGAGCUCGCUCGCAAGAAGAAACAAGAAGCCAUUGCCAAGAAGAACCAAAAGACAGCCGCCGUCGGGGACCUGCCCAGUACUUCUGAAGACGAGGAAGAAGAGGAAGACGAAGACAUGCCGGCAAAUCCCAACCACACGCAAAAGGCAAGGUCGCAGGCUCGAGCGGUCACGGGUGCCAGUGGCGAAACACCAAAGAAGGCGGACAAGGAGAAUCUCAGCAGGCGGGAGCGAGAGGCUAUUGCUGCCCAGCAAGCUCGAGAGAGAUAUCAGAAACUCCACGCCGAGGGCAAGACCGACGAAGCAAGGGCUGACCUGGCGAGGCUGAAGCUGAUCCGCGAGCAACGCGAGGCCGCUGCGGCACGGAAACAGGCCGAAAAGGAGGAGAAAGAGGCCCGUGACAAAGACAAGAACGAUCGCGAGGCUAAGCUGAGAGAAGCAGCCCUGGGCACUGCCGGCGGAGCAAAGUCGGCCAAAAAAGCCAAGAAAUGAGGACUCCCUCACUCUCCAGCCAAACGACUACUGUACAGACUUCGAGAGCCGUGCGUAUGGGAUGUGCCGCAUGAGCCCCACGAAGGCCAUGGCGGCCAUGGGUUGCACAGGACGCCCUGAGUGGAUCUUGGUUAAGGGGCUGCAUGAUCGAGAUCAUCUCGAAGUCUUCCCUUUCCUUUGUUACACGUCCUUUUUUGCAUCAGCGGAUGGCGGGGGAGGCAGCAUAGAGCAGAGACGAUAUGAUAUGACGACGAUGACGACGAUGAUGACGAUAGUGGAAGGAGAGGAAUGAGGAGAGGAAGUGAGACCGAGGGCAUGAUUUCACAGCAUCCUGAUAACUCAGUACAGACAAAGCGGGAGAUGAAGAACCCUUCCACCCCGACGCCUCUUUCUCCUUGAUUUCUCUCCAUGUGCGCUUGGAUGGCUUCGCUAUACACACGGUAUCGCCACAGCGUAACGACCAGCAGACAAUCUUGUCACGUCCCGAUUGUCAUGAGCGAUCUCAUCAUCAUCAUCAUCAUCAUCAUCAUCAUCAUCAUCAUCAUCAUCAGCGGCGUGUCGGUGGUAGUAGUAGUGGUAGUGGUAGCCACACGGAAGAACAAGAACAACACACUGCAAUCUUGACCAGUACAUCACACAGCUCUUAUCUCCAUCUCCACCUCCGCAGAUAGACUCCUAGGUAGGUAGCGAGGCAUCUUGAGGGAUGAUGUGUGUACAUAUUGUCCCUCGGCGAACGCCGUGCAACCAACAUACCAUCCGUCCAUCCAUC